AACAAAAGUAUUGUUGAACAGAUAACUCGAAUCGUAUCUGUGCAAAGUAGUUCCAUAGUGAAUGAAUUAUGUUUAAUUUAAUUGCAACUAUGUAUCAAUCAAGGAAUGCAAUAAGUAAAUAUUAAAACAACUGUCGAUUUUUUUAAAAAAUGUUUAUAUUGGAAAACGAUUGGUUUUCGUUGAGGAUAUCCGUAUAGCUGACUUUUUUUUUUGUUUUCCUCACUAUUGAAAAUAUAAAACAUGAUAUAUUUCUAAUUUAAUUUCAGAACAUCCCGAUUAUCCGAGGCUUCUGUUAUCCGAAUUAACAUUUCACAUUUUCCGAGUAAACGAAUAAUGUGAACCAUUUAAAACUGUUUUAUUUGUAAUUUUUUUAUUAUUAUCUGAAUUGCGAUAUAAUUUUAACAGUCGAUGGAAAGACUACUAGACAAACUAUAGAUGAGGUCAUACCCAAAAUAUUGUUUGUUUUUAAUACAUUAUUUAUGCCUUGUAUUUUUUUUUUGUCUAUCAUAAUAUACAUUCACGCUACUGUGGACACGUUUCAUAACUUGGCGUGUAGGUUGGAUAUCUCAGUUGGUCGCGCCUGAAGACAUCUAAUCCUAUGACCCUUUCAGGGACAGGGGUCCAAGAAGGUGGAUGGAUGGGUUAUUAAAAAUAACGCAAGACAAGAAGAGGUUACUCCAAGAAGAAAGCAGGAAGACUUCUAAAUGGAGUUAUCGUUCUUCAAACUUGACGUGUGGCAGCGUGGAGAAGAAAUUCAUUGAUAAAAAUAUAAAGAUGGAAAACAAGGAUUUUCAAGCAUCUGAACUCGGUACUAAAGAAUUUUGGGAAAAUACCUAUAAACAAGAAUUUACAAAUUUUGAGGAUAAUGGUGAAACUGGAGACGUUUGGUUUGGAAAGAAGUGUCAACAAAAUAUCAUUGAAUGGAUAAAAACCUGCAAAGAAAUAAAACAUACUGAUGCUAUAGUUGAUUUAGGCACUGGAAAUGGAUUCUUUCUGAUAACUUUGGCUGAGCAGGGGUUUUCAUGUCUCACUGGCUUGGACUAUUCUGAAAAUGCUGUAAAUUUUGCCAAAGCAGUUGCUAAAAACAAAAAUAUUAACCAUAUUACUUUUGAGGUUGCAGAUUUAUUGGAAAAGGACUGUAAUGCAAUUAGCCUUCAAAAGAAAUAUCAAGUAUGCCAUGAUAAAGGUACAUUUGAUGCUAUUUCUUUGAUGCCAGGACAAUUUGAGCAUUUUAAAAAUGCUUAUGUUGCAGCAGUAGGACAAAUUUUGGUAGACUCAGGCAUUUUUAUUAUAACUUCAUGUAACUGGACUGAAAAACAGCUGCUAGAACAUUUUAAAGGAGAUUUUCAUCUAAAAGAAGUCAUUCCAUCACCAAGUUUUCAGUUUGGAGGAUUAUCAGGUUCUAAAUACACUACACUAGUUUUAAUAAAAUAAUAUCUAUAAAUUUGU